AUGAUAGUCCCGUUGAUUUGGAUUUCAACCACCUUUCACGACUUGCAAUAAAUUCUUUCUACAUUUAACACUUUCCCCGCUCUACUUCACACUUCCCCCAAAUACUUUCUGUCUUUUUUGCUUAACAAACACUCCUCUAAUUUCCAAACUCUAAAAUCCAAUCAAAACGACAAACAUUUUUGAUUCGUAGCCCUACGCAUAAGAUUCCGAACUAGUUUUUUUACGCAUAUUUCUUGAAUUUGCGUUUUUACGAUUAUACUAGGGUUUUUGCCCAGAGUUUGGUGAUCAAAUGUUCUGGAUUUUAUCGGUGUAUCUAUUUUAAGUGCGCGAUGGAAUUGGAGCAAUCAAAUCAAGGAAUGACAAUUGAAGAGGCGUCAAUGGAACAAAGCAUUGGAUUUGUUAAAGCCCUACAGGAACUCAAAAACUUAAGACCCCAGCUUUAUUCGGCAGCAGAAUAUUGUGAAAAAUCUUAUCUUCACAGCGAUCAAAAACAGAUGGUCCUUGAUAACCUGAAAGAUUAUGCGAUUCGAGCCCUAGUCAAUGCUGUUGACCAUCUUGGCACUGUUGCUUACAAACUCACUGACCUUCUUGACCAACAGAGUUCAGAAAUUUCAUCAACAGAGUUGCAUCUUACAUGUUUACAUCAACAACUUCUUACAUGCCAAACAUAUACGGAUAAAGAAGCCAUCAGACAGCAAGAAUUAUUAGCAGUUUUACCAAGGCAUCACAAACGUUACAUUUUACCUAAUUCUAUCAGCAAAAAGGUCCAUUUUAGCCCUCAGGUUCAAACCGAUUCAAACGCAAGGCAAAGUAAUCUUCAACCACGAACUCGCCAAUUUACUUCAGGUACCCCGGCUUCAAAUACUCUUUCUUGGCAUUUAGCAACGGAAACUAAAUCUACUUUGAAAGGGGGUUCACGCCCAUCGAUGAGCAUGGAAGAACCAAAACCAUCUCGCCGAACUCCAUCCAAUGGUGAAGAGGGCAUGCAGAAAAGGGCAGAUAAUCUUCGAUUGUCGAAUGUGGGGCCCGCUUCUACCACAGCUAUGCAGACACUUGGCAUCAUUCAACGGGAUCCAAGUGAGGCAAGAGUCUCUUAUCCGCUUUCUUUGUCAAACAAAAGCCAACCAAACAACAACCACCACCCAUUUCAUUUUCGUGAAGCUUCUACAAGUGAACGGGAAAGAGUCAAAGAAUAGUAGUUUUACUAUGAAAGAGAAAGAGAAAGAGUAGUUAGUUAGUUAGUGAGUGUGGUUGUAGUUUGGAGUUGUAUAUGGUGUGUGUAACAACAAACAAAUGAAUAAAGUUUGUCUAAUAAUUACACAGACUAAUCUUCAUCUUUAAAGAAACUUAACAGUACUUGCUCUCAC